ACAUUUAUCUCACAUUGCUCUCAAAAUGAAAAAAAUUCUUCUAGUUGGACCAUGGGGAAGCUCAUCUGAAGGAGAACAUUGGUCCUUCAAAGCCGAAGGAAAGAUCACAAAGCUUAUCAUCACUCAUGGAGAAUGCAUUGACUCAAUCGGUUUCGCUAGCCAAGAUGACGAAGGCAAUACCAUUCAUUCACAUAGGUUUGGUGGUUUUGGUGGCGAUUAUGCUGAGGUUAAUAUUGAUGUCGAUGUAGAGGAGUUGAAUUGCAUUAGUGGAACAAUUGGAUGGUUUGAUUCAAGAUUGGUUGUGACAUCAAUUGCGUUUGCAACCGCUGUGAACACGUUUGGACCAUUCGGUAGGGAGAAUGGGACUCAUUUCUCGGUCCCAAUAUCUAAAGCUAGCUUUGCGGGUUUCUAUGGUCGUUCUAGCGACUACCUCCAUGCAAUCGGUGUGUAUCUUAAGCCCAAUUAGUUUGUGUGCAAUUGGGGCUUGUGGGACUUUGUUGUGUUAAAUAAGUACCGAAUGUAGGUGCACUUUUAAUCUUAUGAAUUGUUGGUACUUGAAGGUAAUUUUAGUAGUUAUACAAAUGUGGAA